AUGCUGCCCGCGGGUGAUGCACAGGCUCCUUCCACGACCGCUGCCGUCCCUAUGGAAGUUGACCAGUGCGCGACGUGGCAGGCAGCAAGCCACACUCCGGGCUCGCCGCUUCUCGUGCUCCGCCUCAGCGGCAAGCUUCGCCGCUUACACGAAGAGGACGGCGACGACGACCCGCGCGAGCAAGCCGAGCAACUGCUCGAAGAAUUCGAGGCUGGCCCCAAAAUCUCUGCGCUGUGGCCAUCCACGGCCAGCGCACUCCCCGCCUCCGUACUCGCCGUGUAUGCGCACAGCGUGCAGCGCUUCACGUGCACGCUGUGCGCAUAUACGGCCUCCAGCUUUGCCUCGCUAAAGCGACAACGGGACUCAAGGCACUGUCACAUCGCCUUCCGUGACCUCUUCUCGGGAGCCCUCACGACACUUCGGCUAUGUCUUAAUCAGCAGCAGGGGACUUCAUACCCACUGCUGGUGCAGUCAAUGCAACCGUUCCAGCGGCCAGCGCAGAUCCCGUGCUGUCCCGCCAAGACCCCUUGGUGCUUGCUGCCCCCCCCACAUGCGAAAACCACUGAUGACAGGUCGACAACGUCAAGCUGGAUCCCUCCCCUUCUGAGGGAGCUGGUCGCUUCUCGCGUUGCGUCUCGCCUCGGCGACAUCCCUGCCCCACAUUGGGGACCACCACUGCCUAGCAGCGUGGUGGUAUCAAGGAUUGCCGACCGUCCCCUCCCGCCAGAGCUAACUGAAGAGGAGGAGACCGAGGCUGGUGACAGCGACGACGAGGACGUCAACGACCCUCAAGACAUAUGCGGAGAUUGCUAG